AAAAAGCGUCUCCUUUGCUGCCCCCUAACACCGCUUCUCUCUACGUACUUUUGCAAGAUUUUUUCUAAUUUUCGUAUUUCUUCAGCUAAUUUUUGAGAUUUUUUUUUCAGAAAUUUAAUACGCAUUCAGUUAACCGGUGAAUGGUGGAGAAUUUUCGGCGUGUGGCGAGUUCUGCGAUGACAGAGAUUCUCUCAAAUGAGUUCAUCCCGUCGAACUCGGGUACAUCUUCUUUGUCUUCUGAGAAUUCCGAAGAUAGUUUGCAUCAGUCACCGUUAACUAUAAAUCAGGAUGGUCGUUGGCAAAAGAUCAAUUGUGGAAGGAGUCAGCCUUUUUUGCAUACUUCAGCUAGUACUCGUGAUGCUCUUAAGAAUCCAUGGGAACAAUGGUUUGGAUGCAUGUGUAACCAGUGUCCAUCUGCAUCAGCUGAUUCGCAAGAAUGUCUAGGACUUCGUAGUACAGAGACACACAUAGCUGUUGAAGGGAUCAAAUCUCAGGGAUUGACAACAUGUUCACACCAUCUUCCAGCGAGUAACCUAUACACUGGUAUGGAUCAUGAUACAUAAUCGCUGUCUAUCUGGAAAUUAACGGAGUUAAACAUCCAUCUCAAUUUUACUGGAUUAGUUGAUAUGAUGAUGCAGGGAUCUGCUUUCAUAAAUUGCUGGUUGCAUACACCUGUUAGUUUUCUUGGUGAAUGAAUAUUGUGCUGGUGUUGGCCAAUUUUUAGGAUUGAUCAAUAAACUUUUGCUUGAAUUUCAUGAUAGACUGAAAUUAUAGUACUCUCCUUCUGGAUACCAUACUUCCAUAAACAAUUUUAAUGAUGUUUACUUUCUCUGAAGGUUUCAAUCUGUGUGAUUAUUCAUUUUUAUACAUUUUAGCAUAUAUCAAUUAAAUUUUCUAGGAUUUUGCUGAGUGUACAGAUCAGAAUUUUGUCGAUGAAGAAUGUCAAAAUAACUCGAACAAGGAAUCUCCAGCCAAAAGGUUGAAGACAGCUUUUUAGCAGACAAUUCAAGCCAUGAUCAACUAAUGUAUAGAAUUGAUCUUCUUUCAGCAACUGUUGUGAGUUCACAAGAUUGUAAAGCAUUGUAAAGGUAUCUUAUUGAUCCACGCGUGUUCUUUCAGACCGUACCAUCUUGGAAAUGUCCUAUGGCAGAUAAUUCCGCUAUUGAUGAAGGAGAAGCAGAACUUCUUGAGCGAAAACUUUGAGAGCUUUCUUUAUCCUUUGACAUGAUUCAGUUGUGGUGGCAAGCUUUUAAUUUCUUCUACCAGAUACUGGUGGUUAGAGAGGAUGUCAUCGGACAAAGUCUUGCAUAUCAUGAAUUCGUUUGUUUGAUUAAAAGCUUGUUUUUGUAGAUGUAGAUGAUACAUUUCUAGGUAAAAACAAGUAGUAAUCACCUCCCUUUUUCAAGAAGAUAUGCCACACAAGUUGCAAUUGAUUCCUACGUACAUAGAAGAAAUGCCAUUUUUGGGUUUCUUGUGUCAAUUUCAUUAGAAAUGUAUAUUUAUAUGUAAGUGAUACAUGGUUUCGUUUUAAUGUUUUGCAUCAGAUUUGUGGAUU